GCGCUGUGGGUAUUGGAAACGUGGGCGUUUGAAUUGCAGCAGACAUAAUGAUUUGGCACAUUGAAGGCGGGGCUGAAAGAUUCAGCUCCAGCCUAACGUAAAGAGAUGUCACGGCAGCCGUUUUACAUUUGAGAGGGCGACUCCACCCUACGCAGCCACAGUUUCGCGCAGCACUAUUAGCAUUCCGCAAGGAUUGUCCCCCAGUGAAUCCCGCAGGGUCCCACACUCUUCUGAGCUCGCUACCAGUCAGACCAUGGCUGCUCAGUGUGUAACCAAGGUGGAGCUGACGGUGUCCUGUGACAAUCUCCUGGAUAAAGACAUCGGCUCCAAGUCUGACCCCCUGUGUGUCCUGUUGAUGAGCAGCUCUGAUUCCCAGUGGUAUGAGGUGGAACGCACAGAGAAGGUCCAGAAUUGCCUCUGCCCAAAGUUUGCAAAAAAGUUUGUCAUCGACUACUACUUUGAAAUAGUGCAGAAACUGAAGUUUGGGAUUUAUGACAUCGACAACAAAACUAUUGAUCUGAGUGAUGAUGACUUCCUGGGCGAACUGGAGUGCACCUUAGGCCAGGUCGUAUCAAGUAAAAAGCUGACCCGGCCGCUCGUGUUGAAGAACAAGACCCCUGCAGGAAAAGGGACCAUCACAAUCAGUGCAGAAGAAAUAAAAGAUAACAGGGUGGCAAAUUUUGAAGUUGAAGCGAGGAAGCUAGACAACAAGGAUUUCUUUGGGAAGUCUGACCCUUACCUUGAAUUCUACAAGCAGACACAAACUGGGUGGCAGCUGGCUCACAGGACAGAGGUGGUGAAGAACAACUUGAAUCCAACAUGGAGACCCUUUAGAAUCCCCCUGCAGUCUCUAUGUGGAGGAGACAUGGACAAACCUAUAAAAGUCGAGUGUUACGACUAUGACAACGAUGGCUCGCAUGAUUUGAUUGGAACAUUUGAGACCACGAUGACGCGCCUCCAGGAAGCAUCGCGAACAUCUCCGGCCGAGUUUGAAUGCAUCAACAGUAAAAAGAAACAGAAGAAGAAGGGUUACAAGAACUCUGGUGUCGUGAGCGUCAAGCUGUGCCAGGUGGUGAAGGAGUAUACCUUCCUUGAUUACAUUAUGGGAGGCUGUCAAAUCAACUUCACUGUGGCCAUUGACUUCACAGGCUCAAACGGGGAUCCCAAGUCUCCUCAGUCGCUGCAUUACAUCAGUCCUCAGGGCGUUAAUGAGUACCUCUCAGCCAUUUGGUCUGUGGGAAAUGUCAUCCAGGACUAUGACAGUGACAAGAUGUUUCCUGCCUUUGGCUUUGGAGCCCAAAUCCCUCCAACAUGGCAGGUCUCCCACGAGUUUCCUCUCAACUUCAACCCGGCAAAUCCAUUUUGUGCAGGUGUUGAAGGUGUGGUGGAGGCCUACAGGGUGUGUCUGCCGCAGGUCAGACUCUACGGUCCCACCAACUUCUCCCCGAUCAUCAACCACGUAGCCUGCUUUGCCAAGCAAGCCCUCCAGCAGACCACUGCAUCACAAUACUAUGUUCUCCUCAUCAUCACUGACGGAGUGAUCACAGACAUGGACGACACACGCAAUGCCAUCGUCAAUGCCUCCCGUCUGCCCAUGUCCAUCAUCAUUGUCGGAGUAGGGAAUGCUGACUUUGGCGCUAUGGAGUUCCUGGAUGGAGACGAUGGACGUCUGCGCUCUCAGACUGGCGAGGCCGCCAUGCGAGACAUUGUCCAGUUUGUACCAUUCAGGCAGUUUCAGAAUGCUCCUCGAGAGGCACUGGCCAAGAGUGUGUUGGCAGAAGUACCAGGUCAGCUGGUGGACUUUUUCAAUACCAUGAAGCUGAUUCCACCCAACUCCACCAAUCCUGCACCAAACCCCUCAGGGACCAACUGAUAACUACAAGGAAGAAACCAGACAAACCCUAGUCUCAUUUCCUGCAGACCACAGCUUCAUCUCAUCAUACAAUCUUUCCCAGCUCGACCACUUUUAUUUCACUUCCUUAAUGGAAUACCAGCAUCCAGCUCGACAACCACCGCAACCACACACAAUACACCAUACAUAAGCAGUAUCCACAAAGAUCCAGCAGUUGUUGAAAAUUACCAAUUGUGUUCAUUUUAGCGUUAGUCACUCCAUGCUGCUGCAACUUUACAAUAGAUUCCAUUAUAUAGCUUUUAAGCUGAGGUAGAGGAAAACAAAUGCCUUAAUUAUAUAAACAGCAUAGAGAUUUAAGCAUUCCUUGUUUCUGUAGUACUUGCUCAAACAGGAAACCAUCACUGUCUCUGCCGAAACACUGCACUGGGUAUGAACUAGCCUUCUGUAGUUUAUAAUUCAUCAUACAAGUGCAAAGUAUUUCUGCCUGUUUAAAGGCUUUUAGGCUCUAAGUUAUCCAACUACAUCUCAUAUAUGAUGUUUACAUCUUAUGAGCAAUAGCUGAAGCACCACUAGUAGCAUGAUCAUGUACAAAUAGCCUAAUAGCUUUGUAGCUGCUGCUGUCUUGGCACAUGGAGUAUACAGUCACAACCAUGUCUGUUGUUGCACUUGCUUUCCUAUGCACUCUGAUAUAGUAAUGUUAUGUACUAAAAAGACCCUAAGAUUUUUGUAUUUUACAAAUGAAAUGCCAAACUCUGCGUGUAGGUUAUAAACCAUUGUACACCCAGAGCUAUUUACACCUUGAAUAUGAAUCAGAAAUAUCGUGACAACAACUGGAAAUUAGUUUUCUUUGUUCAUGAUAGCUUUGGUUGUAUUGUGCCAGUCUCAUCACCCCUAGUAUGUUUGGGAAUGUACUGUCAACCAGCGUGCCAGUUACAUUGGUUACUUUGCCAACCUUUUUAUUUUGUUUUACUUUUGAUUUAAUCAAGGUUUCAUCCCAGUUUGGUAAACUGACCUCAUAUAUCAAUGUUUAUCAGUAUUAAACUCUGUUAAGAAAAGUGCUAUAGAAAUAGUCUAAAAAAAUGUAUCAUUAACAUGUCAUUAUAGACACUAGAUGCAGUUCUGUCCAUUCAUAUUUUUAGGACAUGUACGUCUAAUUCCAUUGGGAUUUGUCAGUUAUUUUUAUAUGGUUGUACAAUGAAAGCUAGAAUAAACAUGUUCUUAUGUAUCACGUGUAAUAGCUUUAGUGCUCUAGCUGAAAAGGAUAAUGUGCCUCAAGUGCAUCAAGCUUGCCAAUAAAGCACCUCCUAUCAAUACAA